AAGCGACCCGGAAGCGCUGAUCCAAGUGGAGGCAGAAAGAACAUCAAGCUUUUAUAUUAUAGCUGUUCUCGCAAGACAAUAUCUGCAAGCAGGACACAAGGAUGGCAGAGCCUCGAUUUAACAACCCGUAUUUCUGGCCGCCGCCGCCGUCCAUGCCAGGCCAGCUGGAUAACCUGGUCCUCAUUAACAAGAUCAAGGAGCAGUUGAUGGCUGAGAAGAUCCGCCCUCUGCACCUGCCCCCUACCUCCGCCCCCUCUCAGCAGUCUUUACUCGUGCCCACGUCGUCUCCCGAUGGCAGCGUUCAGCACGGCAUGUCGGUGCAGAAGCCCCAGACGCAGCAUGUGUCGGGUCACCAUCAGCACCCGCAGAGCUCCGGACAGCAGGACGUUUCUCUGCACAGUCGUUCCAACUCUGGACAAGAUGGAAAUAUGGAUGACAAGUCAGCAGUGAAGGCCAAAGGAUUAUGGGAAGACUGGCAUAUGAGACAACUUAGUGAGCAAGCUAACCGGUUAAACCAUCGCUCAGGUCUGGCUCCUUCAUCUCGCCCCGACAGCCACAGCACCUCCGACGCCCUGACCCCCACGACCCCGACGUCCAGCAACCAGAGCCGCCUGGGCGGGGCCCCCUCGCUGAACAUCAUCUCCGGGCUGGCUAGUGGCCCCGGCAUGGAGCACAUGAAGGCCGGGGGUUUGGCGGGACUCCUGGGCCCCCCACCCAAGGCCCCGCGGGGCAGGAAGAAGAUUAAAGCUGAGAACACAACUGGGCCGCUGCUCGUGGUGCCCUAUCCCAUCUUAGCUGACCAAGGCUGCGUCACAAUUGCUCCAAAAGAGGGGAAAAUCUACAGGUGCAAAGUUUGUCCACUCACCUUCUUAACGAAGUCAGAGAUGCAGAUUCACUCAAAGUCCCACACGGAGGCAAAGCCACACAAGUGUCCCCACUGCUCCAAAACAUUCGCCAACGCCUCCUACCUGUCCCAGCACCUGCGCAUCCACCUGGGAAUCAAACCGUAUCACUGCUCCUACUGUGAGAACUCCUUCCGUCAGCUGUCACACCUGCAGCAGCACACCAGAAUCCACACUGGCGACAGACCUUAUAAAUGUUCUCACCCUGGAUGUGAAAAGGCUUUUACCCAACUGUCUAACCUUCAGUCUCACCAGCGGCAGCACAACAAAGAUAAGCCGUAUAAAUGUCCCAACUGCUACCGUGCCUACUCAGACUCUGCAUCGCUGCAGAUUCACUUGUCAGCACAUGCCAUCAAAAACGCCAAGGCCUACUGCUGCAGCAUGUGCGGCAGGGCAUACACCUCAGAGACCUAUCUUAUGAAGCACAUGUCCAAACACACGGUGGUGGAGCACCUGGUGAGCCACCAGUCUCCCCAGAGGACUGAGUCCCCCAACAUCCCCAUUCGCAUCUCCCUCAUCUGAGCUCUGCAAGACGUUUGGCAGUAAGAUUCAGCAGUCUGCGUUCAGCCGGAGGCUCGUGAGCGCCGCACCCACGGCCAUCAACAGAAGGCUCACAUUAGCAUUAUGACAGCUGACAUAAACAUUCAGUGUUAAGAUUCAGUAAACGGACUGCCUCCAUCUGUCUUGACUUGGCCCGUCUCGUCACAAAAGAGCACAGCAUUAUUUUGUGAAUGUAACAAAAACAGCUUGAUGUCGUCUGGGGGAAUCGAGCAGCAGAAAAGACUGUCGUCUUGCGUCAGGUUCCGUAAGCACUUUUGUGAGCGUCAUGUAAACCGCUGGAUGCAUCGGCCAUUGGCAAUGUUUUCCCUUUUCUUAUUUUUUUAUUUGUUUAACCUUUUCCAUGAAAUGGGUUUCCAAAAUGUGCCAGAUGAUAUUUUGUCCUGAGAAAGUGAAGAAAAAAAAGAAAGAAAAAAAAAAGUUUGCUGGGUGUACUUGACAGACAUCCAAAGAUAAUCUUAAAGCACUUUUUGGCCUUGUGGUUUUGGCUUAAAUUGUUUCAAUCUCGUUGAAUGGAAAAUGCCAAAGGGCAUUACGUUACGAAGGGCAGCUAAGAAUACAGACUGGGUACAAAUAACAGUCCUCGCUGUUACUUUCUAUGUUUUUCCUCACAUUUCUGCACAAGAACAGGGUCCUCCUAAUUUGAUGAAAGGCAAUCGGCUGAUGACAAUUGAAAUGUUUGGUGAUUGUAUUAAGAAGUUAAAUUAUUGAGUUGAAGAGGCCAAGAAAAAAGAAAAACUCAGUAUAAGGUGGGACAAAAGCUGAACAUUUUAGUUUUUCCAAAAUCUUUCGCUCUUUAUUCUACAUUUACCUUUGUGGCACCUUUUGUGAUCAUAACGUAUAAUUAAAGGAACAACAUUUUUCUCCACUUUUUCUCUCUCAAACCCCUUAGGUUCGUGAUAUAUGACCUUUGGUUGGGGUUCUCAGAGAAAGUAAAACUCAUAAUCGUGUAUGUAAGCAGUUGAUCUUUACUUUCUGAGAAUUAGAAAAUAUAUGUUGCAGAGGUUGAAUACAUUACACAGGUGUCGGUGCCGGCUCUACUAUCUUCAUUUUUUUUUUUUUUUAAUUAUUUUUUUAUUAAAAGAAAAAAAAAAACACUUCAGCUGACAUAAAAAAAAAUUUACUUGUAAGUGGUUAAUUUUAAAACCAACCACUGGACCAAAAUGUGAAGUUGUUGUACAGCUACUCUAACACAGUAAAGGUUUUUAAAAUCUGUAAUAAGCUUUACCCAUUUGGAAUAAACUGCAGUAUAAAUCAUAUUCAGUAGGCCUAUAUUAUGAGUGUAUACAGAGGUUGACUCCUCUCUUUUUUCAGUAUUUUUACUGUACACAGUAUUGUUUGUUGUAUUUUUACUGUAACCUCUGAAUGGUACUUAAUAGGGAUCCCUGUAUUCUUCAGGGUAUUUCAGAACAGGUGCUGCAGCUGGAUGAAAGAACUGAGAAUAAUGUAAAAUACCUAUACAGUAUAUAGUAUGUUUUCAGAAUAAAACAAAAACUUAUUACUCAAGCCUAUGGCCUGAAAUCAGACGUUUAUGCCAACAACAGACCCUGCCUCUUCAAUUUACUCUCAUUUGAGAUGAUGGGAAAAUGUACAUGUUGUACUGUAAAACAUGUUACUCCUUUAUGGUACCAAUUUUUAAGUUUCCAUAAACAUGUUCGGUUUGGAUUUUGUAAAAGAUUAUGUAAGGACUUACUGUAAUUAUUUUAGUCUACCUGUAUGUUAUUAAUAUUCAUGUUUUAUAUCAGUUAUUUACAUGUAAGCCUUAACUGUUCUAUCAUCCCAGUUCCAUUACUCUGUAUUGUGUUCUGCAGUAUUCAGUAGUGUAAACAUUUUUUGUUUCCUUUCUUCCGCAUGGAGUUUUUAAGCUGUAAUCUGUAUAACUGUUUAACUCAUGUUCUCUGAAAAAAAUACGGCGUAGAUUUUAUGACAUUUUUUUCCCCCCCGUCUUGCAUUGUGGGUUCAUAUACAGUUUGUAGACGACUAAAUAUGCACAGCCAAGACUGAGAACUUAAAAUAAGGUUAUCAAUGUUCAAAAGAGAAGAAGAAAGAAGCUUUGUAUCUUUACCUUGUUUAAUAAACA